GUUAACUUUGGAGUGAGUGAUGAGAAAGGUAUAGAGAGAGAGAGAGAGAGAGAAAGAGAGAGAGAGGAAAAGAAGGAUUGACACUCACAUUCACAUUCACAUUCACGAGCUAAUUUAUCACCGCCCCUCUGCAUCUGCAACUCCAACCACUGCAAGUCCCUAUUCAGAUUUUGGUGGGUGAGCCACUGAAGCUUUUUUUCACGUGUUUGAACAACAACAACCAUAACUUUGUUCUCUUUUAGUGGUUCACACCGACCCACGUUUUCUUUUUCAAAGAUCUGAUCUGGGUUUUUCAUUUUCUCAAUGUGAGAGUUAAACUCUCUUAUGUUGGCAUGUUUAAUAAUUGAUAAAAAAAAAAGGUGACAUUUUUUGUUUUUUUCAUUUCGACAAAAAUGGAUCCUUGUAAGCACACUGUUGGAGCAGGAGGAAUGGAUAUACCUAUCAUGCAUGAGAGUGAUAGGUAUGAGCUUGUUCGUGAUAUUGGGUCUGGUAAUUUUGGGGUGGCUAGGCUUAUGAGAGAUAAGCAAACUGAUCAACUUGUUGCUGUCAAGUAUAUUGAGAGAGGUGAUAAGAUAGAUGAAAAUGUACAAAGGGAAAUUAUAAAUCAUAGAUCACUAAGGCAUCCCAAUAUUGUCAGGUUCAAGGAGGUGAUACUUACUCCUACACAUUUAGCUAUUGUGAUGGAAUAUGCUUCUGGUGGAGAGCUAUUUGAGCGAAUAUGCAAUGCAGGACGGUUCAGUGAGGAUGAGGCACGCUUUUUCUUCCAACAACUUAUAUCAGGAGUUAGCUACUGUCAUGCAAUGCAAGUAUGCCAUCGUGAUUUGAAGUUGGAGAACACGUUGUUGGAUGGUAGUCCGGCUCCUCGUUUGAAGAUUUGCGAUUUUGGUUAUUCAAAGUUCUCAGUGCUACAUUCACAACCAAAAUCUACGGUUGGUACCCCUGCAUAUAUCGCUCCUGAAGUUUUGCUUAAGAAGGAAUAUGAUGGCAAGAUUGCAGAUGUGUGGUCUUGUGGGGUGACCUUAUAUGUCAUGUUGGUGGGUGCAUAUCCGUUCGAGGAUCCGGAGGAGCCUAAAAAUUUCCGGAAGACUAUUCAUAGGAUUUUGAAAGUCCAAUACUCAAUUCCUGACUAUGUUCAAAUAUCUCCCGAGUGCCGUCAUCUGAUAUCAAGAAUCUUCGUUGCAGACCCUGCUCAGAGAAUAAGUAUUCCCGAGAUUAGAAACCAUGAGUGGUUUUUGAAGAACCUUCCAGCUGAUCUCAUCGUCGGGAAUACUACGAACGAUCAGUUUCAAGAGCCAGAGCAACCAAUGCAAAGCGUUGAAGAAAUCAUGCAGAUAAUUAGCGAGGCUACUAUUCCUGCAGCUGGAACUCAUCAAUCUCUCAACCAGUAUCUUACCGGUAGUUUGGACAUCGAUGACGAAAUGGACGAGGAUGUAGAGACCGAUCCUGACCUUGACAUUGAUAGCAGUGGUGAAAUAGUUUAUGCAAUGUAAGUUGCUGUAACAAACAAUGGAAUCUGGCUUUUGGGGGUCAAUUUGAAUGUUGAACCCUAGGUUGUAAAGUGAGUUUUGGAAUAUAGGGAAGGAAAACAUUUCACAUCUUCAAGGAAGGAUUCUGUUAUGUUAUGUAUGUUUUCUCAGUUUGAGAUGAUCCUCUUUACAUGAUGCUUUGUAUUUAUAGAUGUUUUAAGUUGUUAUAUAUUAUGAAGUGCUUGUCUUUUCAA